AUGCAAUUCCCAAGGAAGCACAUGGCUGUCAUCAUUCUUAGUGCUGUACCGCACCAAUACCGGGUUUGGAAAGUGAAUGCAAUUUCACUUGACCCUAUCCUUGCUCAGUAUCUUUUCUCAACCUUCAAACUUCAACCAUCAACUUCCAUUAUCCACAUCACCACACUUUCUAGUAGGUACUUGUCCCACAAUACCGGCCCAAGGGAGAGUGUCUAUGCCAAUACCGAAGGCUAA